ACGACAGAAAAGGCAUCACUCGGCAGAAUUACCCGUGUUACAAAUAGCAUUUUCUCCCCCAUUUAGCUGGGUGGAUUGCAUUUUAAGUAAUUCAACAAUUCUGACUGAUCAUCACGACCACACUGAAAUGUCGGGAGAUACGAGCUCUCAGGAUGGGAAUGGGAAGGUUACCCGGGUCAUAAGAAUUGGAACACGAAAGAGCCAGCUGGCUCGUAUUCAGACGGACAGUGUUGCAGAACAGUUGAAGGGCCUGUACCCCGAUGUCCGCUUAGAAAUCAUUGGCAUGACAACGACAGGGGACAAAAUCCUUGAUACAGCGUUAUCAAAAAUUGGGGAGAAGAGCCUCUUCACGAAAGAACUGGAGACUGCUCUGGAGAGGAACGAGGUGGACUUGGUGGUUCACUCGUUGAAAGACUUGCCCACAGCUCUGCCUCCUGGUUUCACCAUUGGAGCUGUGCUAAAACGAGAGAACCCACAUGACGCAGUCGUCUUGCAUCCCAGAAACUUGGGGAAGUCCCUGAACAGCUUACCUGACAAGAGUGUUAUUGGCACAAGUUCCCUGCGACGAGCUGCUCAGCUUAAAAAAAGAUUCCCCCACCUGGAGUUUAAAGAUAUUCGAGGAAACCUCAACACCCGGUUAAAAAAGUUGGACGAGAAGGACGACUUCGCUGCCAUAAUUUUGGCUGCGGCUGGUCUCAGUCGCAUGGGCUGGGAAAGCAGAGUCGGCCAGAUCCUGGACCCUGAGGACUGUCUGUAUGCAGUUGGGCAGGGGGCUCUGGCCAUUGAGGUUCGGGCCAGAGACAAAGACAUUGUGGAGAUGGUGUCUGUCCUGCAUGACCCAGAAACUGUCCUGCGCUGUAUAGCUGAGCGAGCCUUCCUCAGACAACUGGAGGGAGGUUGCAGUGUCCCUGUUGCUGUCCACACCGAAGUCAAGGAAUGUCAGCUCUACCUGACGGGAGCCGUGUUCAGCCUGGACGGCUCAAACAGUCUCAAGGACACCAUGCAGACCAGCGUCGCUUCAGACAGUGAGGGGGAAGAACAGGUGGAUGAGCGCAGCCAGAGAGUUGGAGUCACAGCAAACAACGUGCCAGGUCCGGCCCAAGACGCUGCCGAGAAGCUGGGUUUAGACAUGGCCAAUCUUCUGCUGAGUAAAGGGGCUAAGGAGAUACUCACUGUGGCCAGGCAGCUCAAUGAUGCACGGUGAACUGACCCUGGGUCAUUCUGGCUGGGUCAGGAGACGUGUCUUGUAUGGCACACAAAUCCACAUUGAUAUUCUGGCCCUCACAGGGCUGACAGAGGACUCUAUGAUUAAUUAUAGCAAUGUCAACAGCACCAGACCUGGUUUUAAAUAGUUUUUUUUUUUAGUUCAGUGUUUGAUUAGGCCUACCUGGAGUGCCGAAUGGGCGGAUUUUGCACCAUGAGAACUAAUCUCUGGGUCCUGUAGCGCUAGCUAAGCUCAGUCAAGCACUUUUGAAGUAUUUCAGAAGAAACCAAUGAUAUUUGAAUUUGAAUUGAAUGUCUGGUCACCAUUUUGAACAGUAUUAUUUCCUUGCUUCAGGCACUUAAAAUGUUGAAUAAACAUCCUGUUUAGUAAUAUUGAAUGUUGUCUGGAACAUCUGAAAAGGUUUUGUCAUUUUGAUUUUCAGACAACAUUAUUUUUUCUCUCUCUGACAGUUAAGUGCCAUGCAGAGAUGGGAUUUUUGGAUUUAACACACCUGUUACACUUGAAAAUGUAAGGGACAGGACGCACAGGUCUGCAAAUAGAUAUAUAGUUUAAUACAAAUCAUAAUGAAAUGAACACAAGCAGAAGCCAGUGUUCAACAGUUUAACUCGAGGCCUUUUGGGGAAAGCAUGGAAAAUGUAUGUUUUGUUAAAUGCAGGUUGUAGCCAUCAUGUACUAUUAGGAUGCAUUACUGUUGGGAUCAUGCCACCAGUUUCAUCAAUAGAGCUUUGGUUAUCCUGUUCCAUGAGUUACGUGUCAGAUCAGUGAGUUACGUGUCAGAUCAGUGAGUUACGUGUCAGAUCAGUGAGUUACGUGUCAGAUCAGUGAGUUACGUGUCAGAUCAGUGAGUUACGUGUCAGAUCAGUGAGUUACGUGUCAGAUCAGUGUGUUACGUGUCAGAUCAGUGAGUUACGUGUCAGAUCAGUGAGUUACAUGUCAGAUCAGUGAGUACAUACAAACUAUGGGCCGAAGAAAAAUCCUGAAAUGAGUCAGACCGUGCCUUAAACUGUUUGUUUAUGACAAUAGAGUGUUUAUUAUUAUUAAUAUUAUGUGUAUAUAUUAAUUUCUUUUUCUCCUGAUCAUUGAAAUACAAUGUCAGGAUAGCAAGCUGCAGGUAGACAUACACUGGAUGCAGUGUGGAAUUUAUUGUGAUAUUUACAUUUUAAAGGUGUUAACAUAAGUUCAGUACAUUCUGAUCACUGGGAGGAUGGUAAAAUGUUUGCUUGUUUUGCCAAACCAAUUUAAAGAGUUUUGAGCAAUGUGAAAUAAUUUCCAGCACUGUACCUUUCGGUACGGUACGUGUUUAAAUAUGUGUUUAAAUGAUGAAAGGUAUUAAUGGUAAUGAAUUGAAUGUAAUGUGCAUUUGUUAACAAAUUAAGCCUUCAAAGACCUUUGUUUUGUGCCUUACCCGGUUUAAAUGGAUGUGGUGUGUACACAGCCUUUCUCCCUACCUAAUACAACCUGAUUACCUUGAACCUGACACAUUGCUACUAAAUGCACCACCAUUAACGUGCACAGGUUGUGACCCUGUUGUGACCCCUGUCAUUUAUAUUUACCAGAAGGGUCGAUGUAAGACAAUGUUGUGUUACGUGGUGUUAUGUUGUUUGAAUAUUUUGUUGCUUGAAUGACCAAGUUUGUGCCAUAUUUCAGUUUGCAGUUUUAGCUGCGUUGCUCAGACUAUCAAAUGACUUAGUGACAUGAUUGAUUGUGGAUAUGUAAUGAAGUGUGAAAUAGUCAUGUUUUGUCCAUUUCAUUAAAUGUCAUAUAUAAGAGCCAGUUUUAAAUAAAGCUAGCUUAUACAUUCAAAGAAUUCUAUUUUAUUCCAAGUUUAUUCAGCCAAUUUUGU